GGGUGUGGAGCCAGGCAGGCAGGAAGGAAGGAAGGAAGGAAAGAAAACUAGCAAAGAUAGAGAAGGACCAGGGUGGCGGAGGGAGAACAGAAAGCCAAAGCAAUCGGAAGCCCUGCGCUUCCUCCUCUCGCCGUCGCCGCUGGUCUUUGCCAAAGGCCUGUUAGUCUUGUCAGUUUUUAUGGAGUCAGUUACAACUGGAAGAUGAAAUUCACUACUUGCAGAUUUCAUUCUGCUCCAUGCGUUUAAAAAAAAUAAGUUUGAACUGAAGAAACUUGAAGAGGUGUCUUGAAGAAACUUAUAUUCUCUGCUGGCUGGCUGUCAUCAAAUUUAAGAGAGCUUUCUUGCUGGUGAACAUGCGCACACCCUGACACUAUUUGUACAUGACUGUGUAGGGCAAUAUUCGAUAUGAAGUCAUGUCAUCCACAAGCAAUGACACUGAUAUUGAAGAAUUUUUGGUCAAUAUUAACCUUGGACAGUAUAUUCCUAACUUUAAAGAAUAUGGCUAUAACAUUGUGACAGAUUGCGUGGGAAUAAAUAACAGUGUACUUCAACAAAUGGGAGUGUUACCUACAGGGCAUCGCAGAAGGAUUCUUAAGCAAUUAGACAGCAGUCUUUCAAAAAUUCAAGGAAAUACUCUUUUCUGUGAAAAUCUAAAAUUCAAAGACUUGAAAGGUUUAGAAGAGAAGCAACAUUUGUCCUUGGAUCAGGAGUCUCCAGUAAGCAAUUCAGGUGUAGAUGGCACUGGCUUGAUAGCUGCAACACUGUCAGAACGACUUCUUAAUAAAACUUAUAUUAAAAAGGAAAAGUUUGACCUUGUGGAGCAAAAUUUAAUGGAGGCAAAUGAUGAUAGCUUUACAAAUCUGGAUUUUUCUCCUUUAUACCAGAAUUCAGACAGCAUACUUAAAACUGUCAGUCAAACUGGAAGUAUUAAAAUGAAUUCUCAGCCAGAUGCAUCACGGAAAGAAGCUGCUGCAUACCAAACUGUUGAGGACUUGACUGGCUGUUUGGUAUUUCGUGAUCAUCCUUCUUCAUUUGCUCAUUCAUGUGAGACAAAACACAAGGAAAACCAGCAUCUGAGAUGUGCAGAUGAGAGUGAUUUAUCUGAUAGUAAGCCAGAUUCUCCAUUCUAUAAGUUUAAAGGAGAAAUGACAGACAAUGACUUAUAUGAUUCCUGUACACUAAACUGCAUGAAAGUAUUUCCAAGAGCAAGCCGAUCUUUUAUCUUAAGGCAUCGACCUGUACCAGAAAUUCCUGAAUCCAAUAAAGUUCAAGCUUCAUCAAGCUCCCUUCAGAGAAGAAGAAAUGUGGACCUUGUAAAUAUUUCUUGCACUGGGAGGCAACUUCCACAAAGCAAAACUUGCAUAGAAGAAAAGCCAACCAUCAUCUCUCCAUAUGGGGAAACCUUUAUUUGUGACAACCCUAAAGAUACUAAAGAACUUGGUAGAAAUGAUUUCCUGGCUUGUGAAAAUAAACUGGAUCUAGGAAUGAAUGAAGAAUAUCCUUCCAAGAAUCUAUGUUACUUUAAUAAUCAGGAAGAGAAGACAAAGGAAUUUGCAGAAAAUGAACCCUUGUCUCAGGAAAACCAGUCAUUGGGACCAGAAGAAUCUGAAAGUGAAUCUGUAUAUUCUGUUGUGGAACAACAUUCUUUGCCUUUAAAGAAAAAGAAAAACAAAGCCAAAGCACACUCAACUUCUUGUAGUAAGAUACAAAGUAGAGAUUCUGAUCACUUAGUCAGUAAACAAAUGAAUUUUUCUCAAUUUAGUGGAGAUCAGACUUUGAUUGGAAAUGAAUCAAUAACACCGUAUGCUUGUUUUUUUGGACCGUCAGUAAAGAAGGUUAAAGCAGGAUGGCUGGAUAAACUAUCCCCUCAAGGCAAACGUGUGUUUCAGAAGCGCUGGGUUAAAUUUGAUGGAGACAGCAUUUCUUAUUACAAUAACGAAAAGGAAGUAUUCUCAAAGGGAAUAAUACUGCUCUCUGCUAUAGCAACAGUAAGAGUUCAUGGGGAGAAUAAAUUUGAAGUUGUCACAUCCCAUAGGACUUUUGUUUUCCGUGUGGAUAAAGAAGAAGAAAGAAAUGACUGGGUUAAUACGAUGCUCAAUGCCUUGAAAUUGCUGUCUGAUAAUAAAGCUCAGUCUCGAACUUCUGUCGCCCCUGAGAAAAGCGGAUACCUUGAGCUGAAGGGAUACAAAGCCAAAAUCUUUAUUGUACUUCAGGGGAGUACUGUAUGGAUCUGCAAAAAUGAGCAGGAUUUUAAGACUGGAUUUGGUAUCACUUUGAUCCCUAUGAACGUGGCAAAUGUAAAACAAGUGGAUCGGACUGCAAAGCAAUCUUUUGAAAUAAUUACUCCUUAUAAAAGCUUUAGCUUUACAGCAGAGUCGGAAAGAGAGAAACAAGACUGGAUUGAAGCACUCCAGCAAUCGAUAGCAGAAACUCUAUCUGAUUAUGAAGUAGCUGAGAAGAUUUGGUUCAAUGAGUCCAACAGGAGCUGUGCUGACUGUAAAGCUCCCAGUCCUGACUGGGCAUCCAUCAAUCUCUGUGUUGUCAUAUGUAAGAAGUGUGCAGGACAACACAGAUCUUUAGGACCAAGAGAUUCAAAGGUCCGGAGUCUGAAAAUGGAUGCCAGUAUUUGGAGCAAUGAACUUAUUGAGCUCUUUAUUGUCAUUGGAAAUAAGAGGGCAAACAGUUUUUGGGCAGGAAAUCUUCCUCCUGAUGAAGAGCUGCAUAUGGAUGCCCCUGCAGAAAAAAGGAUAGCAUUCAUUACACAAAAAUACAAAGAGGGAAAAUUCAGGAAAGCACCUUUUCUCUACAAAACCAAGGAACAGUUGAAUAAGGCCCUGUGUGCUGCUGUAGUCAAGCAAGACGUGCUAGAAACUCUGAUGUUACUCUUUAGUGGGGCUGAUGCUAUGUGUGCCACUGGAGACCCUGUUUACAGUACUCCAUAUUUAUUAGCCAAGAAAGCUGGACAAAGACUGCAGAUGGAAUUCCUGUACCAUAAUAAGUUUUCAGAUUUCCCAAACUAUGAUACUUGUUUUGAAAGUGGCUUCUCUGAAGAUUCUUCACAUUCUACCUUUCUUUGUGAAUUCUUAUACAAAGUUUCCUCUAAUGCUGCUAAGCUUCUUACAGAGAAAAAAUUAACAGAAGAUUGCAACAAAAGAUGGUGCACUUUGGAAAGUGGCUUUCUGAGCUACUAUGAAAAUGAUAAAACUACCACUCCUAAUGGUAUGAUUGACAUCAAUGAAGUUAUCUGUCUUGUAGUACAAAAGACAGACUUCUUUUCAAAUAGAGGGGACAUCUUUACCUUUGAAAUCUACUUAAUGUCAGAACGUGUUUUUCAAUUUGGAGCUGAAACUGCAUAUGCACAAAGAAAAUGGACUUGGGCAAUAGCUAAGCAUUUUGUUCCCCCUGUGGCUGAAUCCUUGUUAGAGAGAGACUUUGACCUGAUUGGCCAGCUGUACUACAAAGAUCGCCAUAACCUGGAUGAGUGGAGAAAAGGCUGGUUUGCCAUAGAGAAGUCGAGCCUUUAUUUUUGUCUUGAAAUGGCGAAUGCUGAAGAAGAGUCCAUAUAUCUAAGAAGGUUGCAAGAACUAACAACCAGUAGUGUGAUGCAAAAUGGAGAGAAAAUAGAUGUCCUGCUGCUCGUUGAAAAAGGAAGAACGCUAUACAUCCAUGGCCAUACAAAGCUGGAUUUCAUGGUCUGGUAUACUGCAAUUGAAAAAGCAGCAAGUACAGAUGGUAAUGCUUUACAAGAUCAGCAGCUCAGCAAAAAUGAUGUUCCUAUUAUAGUGAACAGCUGUAUAGCAUUUGUUACACAGUAUGGUUUAGGUAGUAAGCAGAUCUACCUUAAGAGUGGUGACUCUUCCAAUGUGGCUGAACUGCUGGAAAGCUUCAAAAAAGAUGCGAGGAGUGUUAAGCUAAGAGCAGGAAAACAUCAGCUUGAAGAUGUGACUGAUGUAUUGAAAAGUUUUCUUUCUCAAAUAGAUGAUGCACUUCUCACUAAAGAACUUUACCCAUUCUGGAUCUCUGCAUUAGAUACACAGAAUGAAAAGGAACGUGUGAGGAAAUAUGGAGCUUUUAUUCAUUCGCUUCCACCAGUCAACAGAGCAACUCUGGCUGCUUUAAUUGAACAUCUUUACAGGGUGCAGAAGUGUUCUGAAAUUAAUCAUAUGAACCCUCACAAUUUAGCCAUGGUGUUUUCCUCAUGCUUAUUUCAAACUAAAGGCCAAACUAGUGAAGAAGUGAAUGUAAUUGAAGAUCUAAUUAAAAAUUAUGUGCAACUUUUUCAUAUAAAUGAAGACCAGGUCAAACAAAUGGAUAUAGAGAACAGCUUUAUUACCAAGUGGAAAGACACUCAGGUUUCCCAGGCUGGAGAUUUGCUUAUUGAAGUUUAUGUGGAAAGAAAGGAGCCAGACUGUAGUAUUAUCAUCAGGGUAUCACCUUUGAUGGAAGCAGAGGAAUUAACUAAUGAUGUUUUAGGAAUCAAAAACAUUAUUCCCAACAAAGAUGAUAUCUGGGCUGCUUUUGAAGUACUUGAAAAUGGAGAACUUGAACGUCCUCUGCAUUAUACAGAGAAUGUACUAGAACAAGUUCUUCACUGGAGUUCACUACCGGAGCCUGGCACUGCAUAUCUGAUCAUAAAAAGAUUUCUAACAGCAGACAUGAUGAACCGGUACAGUGAGAAAAAUGAGAAAGGUAGCGUGAAAGCAGGCAAUUUGAAGUACAAAGAAGAACCACCAAAACUACUGUCUGGAAGCAAGUUUCAAGACCGUUAUUUUGUGUUACGGGAAGGAAAUUUGCUUCUUUAUAAGGAUAUGAAGGCUAGUAAACCUGAAAAAGUGUUGCCUGUCAAUUCCCUGAAGCUGUAUCUUGGAGUAAAAAAGAAAAUGAAACCACCAACAAACUGGGGACUUGCAGUAUUUUCUGAAAAGCAGCAGUGGUAUAUAUGUUGUGAUGGACAAGAUGUGCAGAUGGAGUGGCUGAUCAGUAUUUUUAUUGCACAGCAUGCAGAUAUAUGGCCACCUGCUGGAAAAGCAAGAAAACAGUCCAUAACUAAAAGUCCAAAGAUCAGAGGCUUACCACUGAUUCCUAUUCAUCAGGAGAACACUUGCAAAAUCAGGGGAAAUACAGAAUUUGCUAAGAAUAUAGAACUAAAAACUGGAAAAUCAAGAUUUGGUGAACAUUGUGAAAAUGAAUUUCUGGAGGAAAGAACAAACUUGAAAGAAAAAGCAUCUAUGGUGGCACAAUGUUUGGAAAGAAAGGAGGAGAAAGUGCGGAGUCAUGCAAAAACACAUCGAAGCUUGAUUUCUGAGGAUGUAGGUUCAGGUGUGACUGACUUACACCAAAAACCACAUAAAGCAGUGAAGAAAAAUAAAAACAAAACAAACACAACUACUUUGGAAUUAGAUAACAAAUUGCCAUCGAAGGUGAUUCAGGAACUAAAUACAGUGCUGCAGAAGAAUAGAGCACUUCAUAAUGAAACCUCCAGCUGAUUUCCUGAGUCUGAAGUUUAAUACAUAUACAUAUAUGUAUGUGUGUAUUUAUAUAUAUAUGCAUUUGUGCGUAUUUUCUGUGCAAAAGUAGUUUGUUUUGAUAUGCAUAGUUUGUACAGUGCAGAGAAAAUAUAAUUUGUUUAUAUGCAGCUGUUGAUUUUGUAUAUGUGUAUGCCACAUGUUGUAAUUUAAGAUUGAGCUGAGAGAACUGAUUAUGUAAAACUCCUGAAAUCUGGAAGUUUUCCUGUGCAGUGCAAGGACACCAGGAUUCUAGGAUUUUGUCUAUUAUUUUUUUUUGUUUCAGAUUUUGUUUGAUAUAAUUAUUCUAAGCACUGUCAAAAGGUUUUGCUCUGUUUAUGCUCUGUACACCUUGUAAGUACUGGAGAGAUACUUCUGGAAGGAAGGCAAGAUACAUGCUGAAAUUGAUACUACGGAUCUGCAAUAUUUUUAAUUGUCUAACACUAUAAAAUUAGUAACAUUUGCUUUGAAAUUAGGUUUUCAGUGUUUUUUUUGUAUUCAAGAAUAAAAUAGAUUUGUCCUCUGAAAGAGUGGCAUGUGAAAGAAUCAAAAGUGGGAGAGGAAUGUAGUAGAUGAGAAAAUGUAUUAAUUCUUGUAUCUCAAAACUGUGUCUCUGUGAUGUACAUCUGAUUAUAACAUUUAAGCAAUGAGAGAGCAUAUUGAGAUUACAAAAAGAAGUCUUCAAUGAAACAUCUAAUUUUAAUAGGUACAUGAAAUGGAAUUGUAACAUCAUCUCUUGCUGCUCAAUGGGUUGAAGUAAUUUUAUAAAAAGGCCUUGGUUAGCUCAGAGUGACAAAGGCAGACUUUUCUAUUACUGUUUGGGUACUGCUUGCUUGGUGCUGAGAGUUGCUGGCAUCUCUUGAAUAUUUAGUAUUCACAGGAGAAAUUAAUUUCCUUUACAGAAAUUAGUCUCCACACAAACAAAUUUAUUAGAAUGGUACUGACACACUCAGUUAAGAAGUGACAAAUACUAAAUGAGGGAGGAGAUUAACCCAUCUUUUUACCAUGAGGACAAAGGUGAACAGUAUGCUGUUUGCAGGGACUGGGAAAUGCUUGUGGUACAACUGUAGCACAGCUCUUCUGAGUGUGAGGACAGGUCCCAAGGUUAAGAUAACAGCCUCGUUUGCUGUGUUCUGUCUGUGUAGGUAGCAGUUUCUGAAUAUAUGUGAUUGUAGCACACUGCAGCUACUUCGGUUUUUAAGCCCAGAGUUCCUUACAUUUAAAAAUCAGCAGGUCUCUUCAAAACAAACCUAUUCAAGCAAUGAAAUGAUUUUGUUUUCUUCAGUUGUUUUGUGAAUCUUAUCUUCACUUACCCUUUGGGAUUGCUUACUUCCUAUCUCAUGGCAUAUCCAUUUGUGCUUUGUCCCAUAGCAGCUGGAUGGGCAAAAGGCACUGCUGUGCUGAGGCUGUUUCCAGGUGUUGCAGAUGCUGUCUGGUUAAGCAGCAGGACCCACAGAUCAGAGCACUAAUGAGCUCACAUGGCACAUUUGUUUCAGGGGAGGCAUUAAUAACAGCAUCUGCUUGAUUUUGUUGCUGUCCCUUUUGUAGUCUGACUAGCCAUGCUGCCACAGAUUUCCACCAGUCUUUUAUGAACUUACUGAUGCGUUUGGUGUUUGAUUGGAAUUGGCCAGAUCUCUUAAGGUAGAGGAGAGGAUCUAAAACAAUUUCUUGUUUAUUGGAAAUUGUUUUAAAUAAUUUCUUAAUUACUUAAAAUUUCAGAGGAAAAAAAUUCAAUUUAUCAGCAUCAAUGACAUUUGAUUUUUAUUAGUGGAUAGUUUUGAGGAUGUUUUAUGCUGCUGCUGAUUCCCUCUUCUUCCCGCACAGAAGCAGUAUGCUCACUUAUUCCGUCUUCUAUUUUUGGUAGUCACAGGUGCUGUAACAUUUCUCACACCAUUUACUUCUAUUCUUGAUUGCAUUGAGCAGCUUAAUUGGAAAAAUAAUUUGUUUGAUUGAAGAAAUUAGACAAGUGACUCAAAUGAUGUAUCUGGCAACUCUGCUAGGAAGCACAGAGAAAACGAAAUCCAACUCAAAUAUUUUAUAGUUUUAUUUAUUAUUCUGGAAUAUAGCACUGACAAAGCAAGUCUUUCAGACCUUGCACUUACCUUAUUUGACCAGUUCUUAAAUCUGAAACAAGUUUGUAGAUUUUAAUUUUCCCAGUGCACUAUUGACUGUUUUGCUACCUUUAAUUUGUAUUUGAGCCUCAUCUAAUCACUGAGGCCCUGGCUCAAGAAAGCAUAUCAGCCUGAAUGUAAAUUGUAUUGAUUAAAUCUGGUGCUUAAAGUUAAUAAACACAUUCUUAAAUGCUGAUUUUAAUUGGGGCCUAAUGCCAUCAGGAGAAAAUACUUUACUUUCUGUCUGAGGCUGGACCUGAAUGUACUGUUUACAGUUGUACUUGUAAAUAUUUUUCAGUAUUGAGUUAUGGUUGCUGUAUUGUUUAUCUUUUUAUAGAUCCUUAAAAAUGACAUUCACCUCACUGCUGAAAGCCUCAUGCAUCAUUUAAGCCACUACACUAAUGGAAUAAAUGGAGCAGUAGAGGGGUUUUGUGCAUUGAAGUGAAUAUGUCCAUGAAGAAAAUAUUGUGUAUUUUUUAUUGGAUCUAAGGACUUCAGAAACACUUGCUCUAUUUCAAAAGCAUAUCACAGAUAAAAUAUCUGUAUAACUGCUGUUAAUGGGCCCUAAAAAUCAAGAAGAAAAGAACUUCCAUAAAGUAUGUUUAAAUUUGGGUUUGCACAUAUAUAUACACAAAUACACUAUAUAUGUGUGCGUAUGUUUUUGUGCACAUCCACAAGGCACACUGAAUGAUGACAGUGUUAACCUAAGGAAAACUUAUUUGGGGAAGUAUAAAUUAAAUUUCCAUGAAUUAUUUCAAAUAGGUAUCAAAGUUUUGGACCAAUCAUCUGAUGCAUUAUUGUUGCACUACGAAUUUCAGACUAAUUUAAGACCUGCAGAAUAAAUGUGGUCUGUUGCAAUAUCUUAAUGGCUGCUGAUCUUUUAUUGUUCCUGUGCCAUGUUGUGAACUGGUAAAGGAAGUGUAAUUUUCAGAGAAUUGUAGUUAUUUGAAUAAAUCCUAUUUCUCUAAACUAAGUGAUGG